CUGUCAGGCCGCAAUCGUUCACCACCCCACCUCAACCUACUUUCCUUCGAAGGUUUAUUACUAUUCCCUCGGUCGAAAACCACGAUUGCAGGCAAGGAACCACACUCCCACCAUGCGAUUUUCCGCAACAACCCUCCUGAUCACCGCGCUGGGGUGGAUCACCGCUGUAACCGCACACACCAUCCAGCUUAAGGCUCACUCGAGAGAAUGCUACCACGAAUCGCUGCACAAAGAUGACAAAAUGACGGUCAGCUUUCAAGUCGGUGAUCGGGAAUUCGGAGGCAGUGGCAAUCUGGAGAUCGACUUCUGGGUUGAGGACCCCUUGAACAACCGUCAGUACUAUAAACAAGCUAUCUCCUCCGAGGAUUACUCGUUUGUUGCUCAUGCGGACGGUAAAUAUGUCUACUGCUUCAGCAACGAGGGAUGGACUUCGAACUCUAAGGAGGUAUCUUUCAAUGUUCAUGGAAUUGUCUACGUCCCCGAAUCGGAAAUGCCCCAGGAUCCUUUGGAAGUGGAAGUUCGCCGUCUUUCGGAGGCAUUGGCCCAGGUUAAGGAUGAGCAGUCUUAUAUUGUGGUGAGAGAGCGGGUGCACCGGAACACUGCCGAGAGCACAAAUGCUAGAGUGAAGUGGUGGAGUAUCUUCCAGCUUGCGGUGCUCAUCGGAGAGGGCAUCUUCCAGGUGUGGUGGUUGAAGAGAUUUUUUGAGGUCAAACGUGUGGUUUAAUUUAUGUUUCUGGGCAUUCCAUAGGGAUUUUCUAGGCAUUUGUGCAAUGGAGCGUGUCCUAUAUCAAAAUCAAAGACUUCGAGUAUGUCGUAGUGACGAGGUCAAAUAUAUGAAUUUAUGUGCACAGUCACGAGUAUAUUUUAGUCA